CGCCUCUUUGUUCUAGCGCAUGGUCUGUGUUUGUAUUGUGUCGGCUGUCAGUUGAACACAUCCGGAAUUACUACAACUCCCAAGUAUGGCGCCAUCAUGAGCGACGUCCGCCAAUAAUAUUUGAACCACAGUUUGAAGUGGGCGAGUCUGUUGUGUGUGGAACUUGAAGCGCUAUCGUGCAGUAUGGCGGACGAUGGAGAUGGUAGGGGUGGAGCAGCAGACACAAGUGGUGGUGGGCAGGGUACAACAGAGGAGUUGGAUCCAGGGCCCAGUCUCGGCGGGAUGCUGUUUAAUUUGUGUAUUUUAGUUGUAAUUGUCGCUAUCGGCUAUGGAAUUUACCGACGGUGGUUUAGGAGACUUAUCGGUGCUGACGCGGCCCAGGGAAGCGAGGCCUUGUCGCUUCCCAAGAUGAGAAGACGUGAUUUUACUCUGGAACAACUAAGGGAAUAUGAUGGUGUUCAAAACCCGCGGAUCCUUAUGGCUGUGAACAUGAAAAUCUUCGACGUUACUACUGGCAAAAAGUUUUAUGGACGUGACGGUCCGUACGGCAUCUUUGCGGGUCGGGACGCGUCUCGAGGCCUGGCCACCUUCUGCCUGGAGAAGGACGCGCUGCGGGAUGAGUACGACGACCUGUCAGACCUCAACGCCGUGCAGAUGGAGAGCGUUAGAGAGUGGGAGAUGCAGUUCAUGGAAAAAUAUGACUACGUUGGUCGCCUGCUGAAACCAGGGGAUGAGCCAUCAGAGUACACAGACGAGGAGGACGUCAAGGAUCACGCGAAGCACGAGUGACUUGCCCGCCACACUCGGCCGCCCCCACCACCACCACCACCACCCCCACGGUGACCAGCCUGC